AAGUAAAAAGCUCUCCGUGGGUCAAGUGUGGGACACAAGUUGAACCUCUUGAGUUUUAAGCUUAGCUUUCCUCAUUAGCACCAUUUAAAGUGUCCCGAAUUAGCCAUGAGUACUUCCUGUUUGCAUUCUGCUAUUGGACUCACUGACUGCUCGUACCGGAUUCUUUUAAUUCUGAAGAAAACGUAGAAACGCGAUGAUUCCCGGGCAGGUUCCUGAGAAGCGAGCAGCGCCCCCUCUCUGUGAUUUCAAAGCGGAUUGGUGGACGUUUCUCACAACGGACUUCGGAUGUGAAGAUGUCUUCGAGCUGAGUUCUCCUCCAGAGGAAAGAACAACAACAGGAGAGAGAGAGAGAGAGAGAAGGAGAGAGAGAAGGAGGACGCAGAACUCAGAGGAGGAAUAAAGGAGAGUAUCCGGAGCACCGUGAGAAGACGUGGACUCACCGGAGGAGGACACUCAACGAGACCGUUUCUCUCCCGUGCGCUCAGAGGAAGGAAGUGACAUCAUGACGACAGAAAUGCAGGAGAUCGCCAUCACGGAGGAGAAGCCUUUACUCACGGGUCAGGCUGACUCCACCAAGGACGCUGAACUGGUGGCGAGGAUUCUCCUGGACCAAGGACAGGAGCACAGUGUGGAGACGCCUCAUGGAGUUCUGCACGUCACGCUCCACGGAACACGAACCACCCGCAGGCCAGCGAUCCUCACCUUCCACGACGUGGGCCUGGACAGUAAGAGCUGCUUCUCUCACCUGUUCAAGUUCGAGGAGAUGCAGGAGAUCGUGAAGAACUUCACCCUGAUUCAUAUCGAUGCUCCGGGUCAGGAGGAGGGGGCGGCUGACUACCCCGCCGGAUACCAGUACCCCCCCAUGGACACCAUCGCGGAGAUGAUUCCUGCCGUCCUCCAGUUCUUCAACUUCCGUACAGUGAUCGGAGUGGGGGUGGGGGCAGGAGCCUACAUCCUGUCCAAGUUCACACUGGCGAACCCGGACUCGGUGGAGGGUCUGGUUCUGAUCAACAUCGACACCAACGCUCGUGGGUGGAUCGACUGGGCCGCGCAGAAGCUCAGCUCCGUGACGUCCUCGCUCACCGAGCAGAUCCUGUCCCACCUCUUCAGUCAGGAGGAGCUGUCGUCCAACACCGACCUGGUGCAGUCUCACCGGGAGCGAAUCUCCAAAGCUUCUAACCUGGUGAACAUCGAGCUGCUGUGGAAGACGUACAACAGUCGCAGAGACUUGAACAUCGACCGCAGCAGCACCUUCAAGUGUCCAGUGAUGCUGGUGGUCGGGGAUCAAGCUCCAUACGAGGAAGCUGCUGUGGAGUGCAACAGCAAACUGGACCCGACCACGACCUCCUUCCUGAAGAUGGCCGACGCCGGUGGUCUCCCUCAGUUGACCCAGCCGGCGAAGCUGACUGAGGCGUUCAAGUACUUUAUCCAGGGCAUGGGCUACAUGGCUUCGUCUUGCAUGACCCGCCUCUCUCGCUCCCGCACCACCUCCCUCUCCUCCUCCUACUCCAUGGACGGGUCUCGCUCUCGCUCCCGCACCCUGUCUCAGGGCUCGCAGGGCGGCCAGAUGCCCCCGAGCCCAUCCCAGACCAUGGAGGUGUCCUGCUGAAGACAUAGUUAGAGAGAGAGAGAGAGUGAGUGAGAAAGAGAAAGAGAAGAGGGUGAUGGUGGAAGGAAGGGAAAGACAAAGCAUUACAAUAACACAGGAACAAGACGAAUGGGUUUCUUAUUUGUCAGUAAACGACCAUCAUGUCCCCAGAAGAGCAGAGUAGGAGCAGAGGGAGGGAGGACGAGGGAGGGAAGAAGACGACAG